AUGGCUCAAGCGACUUCCGUCGCGAGGCUGAACGUCGCCUGCGCCGCACCAGCAAAUUCCAGCGCUGCUGCCAGGCCGCAGCGACAAGAGGCCGCGUCGCUCGUGGCAUCAUGGAGGAAGGCGCGCGUCGCCAGACCGGUGGUGCUCGGUGCCAGCGUGCAGGUGCAGGCCGCUCCCCGCGUGUCUGCACGCUCCGUAGCGGUGAAGGCAUCAGCAGGCUCUGCUGACGAGGAGCAGCUCAAGGAGCGGCUACGGUGGCUGGAGGAGAAGGGCACGGAGCAGAACUUCUGGCUCGUCUUCGAACCCAAGUUCCUCGAGGAGUUCCCCGAGAUCGCCAAGCGCGUCAAGAGACCCGCCGUUGCUCUCGUCUCCACUGACGCUACCUGGAUCACGUUCAUGAAGCUGCGUCUGGACCGCGUACUCAAGGGCGAGUUCGAGGCGAGCUCACAGGACGACGCAUUGGAGGGCAAGCCCUUUGACAUCUCCUUCCCCAAGCCCGCCAACUGGGUCGCGCCCUACCCUAAAUACGAGCCCACCUGGUGGAAGCCCUAUGCUCCAGCCAAGUAUGCCAAGGCCAACUAG